AUGCAACGGGUUGACGCUGAACGCCCGCGAGAAUUGUCACUCUUCCGCCCACUAGAGGCAUCCGCUUAUCGGCCCCGCCGCGAUCAGCGCAAGGCCAUCAACAAGUGGAAUAAAUUUAUCCUAGGUUCGGAGUAUAUGCGAAAGGCAGCCCGGCUUUGUCCGCGAACCCGCGAAGAGAAGAGGCAUCGCAAGUGCAACUUCGACCUUCUGUCCGCUGUCCACCAAAGCGAGUACGACUAUAUCAAACGGCCCAUUGACCCUGCUACCAAGCUUCCCAUUGAACCGGCGCACCGCUUCGAAGUCACCAUCGAAGGUGACUCUGUGUCUCAGGCAAAGUUUGAACUGUUCCGCAAGUACCAAACGGCCAUCCAUAAAGAGGAUGUCUCUCACUGGAAACCCAAGGAAUUUCAACGCUUCUUAUGCACAGGCCUCAAGCGAGCUCCGAAUCCCCUGACAGCUGCCAAUUCUUCUCAGAAAAAACUCGGUUCAUGGCAUCAAUGUUAUCGUCUGGAUGGCGAGCUCAUUGCUGUUGCCGUGUUGGACCUUGUCCCCAACGGCGUUAGCUCCGUCUAUGUCUUCUACGAUCCCGCCUACGAGCAAUGGGAAAUUGGCAAGCUGAGCGCCAUGCGUGAAAUUGCUUUCUCCAUUGAGAAUCAGUAUCUCUAUUACUACAUGGGAUACUACAUCCACUCCUGCCAAAAGAUGCGUUACAAGGCCAAUUUCCGCCCCCAGUACAUCCUUGACCCUGAAUCCUGCGACUGGGAUCCGCUCGAUGGCGAAAUGACGGAGAAGCUUAAUUCCCGUUCCUAUGUCUCUUUAUCUCGGGAUCGAGGGUUCUCUCCUGCACCUCUGGUCCCGGAAAAUGACGUCGAUCUGGAGGAGGUUUCCCUCUUUGAUAUCGGCAUGCCCGGUGUUCUCACUGUUCCUCAAGUUGAAGCACUUGACCUGGAUCAUUGGCUGUUGUUCUUCAAUAACAACUUCGUUCACAUGAAGGAUCUGGUCAAUUGGGAAAAUAUGUCAAUGACUGCACCAAUGUCCAUCAAAGGAAUCAUCGCCGAGUUGGCCGCAGUCCUUGGUCCUCAAAUCGUCCGAAACAGCGCAGUGGACUUGCUCGGUUGA